AAGAACCGGCCGAUAAACCAGUGCCUCGUGAUGCUGGAAUUCAUACCGGUUAUUCUGUUAGCAUUAACUCUCCUUUAUUAUUUAUAUGGCCAAAGACACCAACGUCAGUUUUCCGGGCCGCGCGGGGUUCCAUUGUUUGGUGUUACGUUUGAGGUCGACAAAUAUCGUCUUCACUUAUCCUUGUACGAGUGGACUAAAAGAUACGGCGAUAUAUUCCAGUUCUCUGUGUUCGGGAAAUCCUACGUGUCCUUGAACUCUCCCGAGGUCAUUCGAGAGGUCAUGGGCCAGGAACCCAGUGCCACCGUAACUUCCUCCCGAGAGCCUACGUUUUUUGGAAAUUACAUAGUAGGGGAAGAUACAGAUAUAGUUUUUGCAUCGUACAGUAAGGAAUGGGCGAAAAGACGCAAGGUUGCUAGCCAAAUCAUGCAGAUUUAUGGCGAGGGUAUGUAUUCGAUGGAGAAGGAAACCCACAUUCUAAAGGAUACGAAGCAGUACAUAGGAGAGAACCAAGGACGGGACAUAGAUCCGGUUUUUAUGGUGGAGUCGCAUCUGUUGAAGGAUUUGACGUCAUUGGUUUCUGGAACAACUGAUGAAGAUUUGCGAAGACACGUUAAAGAAAUGGAUGACAACUCCAACAAAAUAGCCCUACCCCUGUUCGAUCUAACCUUUCAAAUGUUUCCCUUUCUGCGAUUUUUGCCGUUUCCCAUCACCAGGAAACCGUUUUUAGUGAUACAAUCAAUAGAUAGAAUGAUGGAUAGCAUAAAGAAACUUACAACAGAAAAUAACAUUGAGAAAGGUAUAUACUGUGAACUGAAAAACGCCGCGGAAAAGUAUGGCUGUAAUAUAACAGACGCCGAGGUCAAGGGCAUUAUCGUAAAUCUUAUUGGAGCAGGAUUUUUAACAUUAAGAGGAACUUUCAUGUCACUGGUCCAUCUUUUGGCGGAACAUCCUGAUAUACAACGUAGGAUCCAACAGGAAACUGACCAUGUCUUUGGGGAAAAAGAGGUCAACGUGAAAGAUCGGAAAGAGUGUCCCUUCAGUCAGGCUGUUUUGUUGGAAACCAUGCGGUUUGUGACCAAUUUACCGUUAGGAGGUCCCCACUUCACCCACGAUGACUGUAUCAUCAGGGGAAAAUUGGUCAAAAAGGGAACGAGAAUUCUCAUGAACUUGUGGACCAUCAACCAUAGUGAUGAUUGGGGCGAUCCGUUCAACUUUAGGCCGGAGCGGUUUUUGGACGAGGCCGGAUCCCUUCUACCGGCGACCCAUCCAAUCAGGAGAAGACUUAUGCCUUUUGGAUACGGUAAGCGAUCCUGCCUAGGAGAAUUGUUUGGAAAGAACAGAGCUUUCUUGUUUCUGGUUAAUUUAAUGCAGACCUGUACAAUCAGCAAGCCAACAGGAGAAACCUUACCAAAAUUUGACCCCAGAACAAUGAUGCCUGGGGUAAAUCUACAGCCACAACCGUAUAAAGUGCAGUUCAAGUUGAGAAAAUAUGUGUCAGUUGACUAAAUGGGACUUUAUAAUGAUUUUGUAAAUGCUGACUGACAGUUUUUUAUGAAAAUUGAAAUCAUGGAAUAUGAAAAUAAUUGCUACUGUAACACUACUCUCGAUUUCCUUAUUAUGUUUUUGGUUACUAGUGCUGACACAAAGCAAGUAAACAAGUAAAGUAAAGAAAGCAUUUUUUUUUACAUCACUCAUCACACUGUUCUGUAGAAGAGAUCUCAACAGGGAAUAUAAAUGUCAAUUAUGAUAAAGAUAAACAAAAGAUUGUAUACGUUUCCUGCUAAAAUGGAAAGAAAAACGUCGGGGAAGUGUUUAAGAAAUUAUUUCAAUGACUUCGUUUGUUAUUUGCAUUGAUUUUGAGUGAACGUCUACUGCAAAGUUCAAACAUAUAAUUGCCUGCAUCUGUUGACACACAAAAGUUUAAGGUACAAAGAUAACAUUCAGAAAUAGACAUUUAUUUAUCAAAACGACACAGUUUUUAAAGAUAGUUCAUUGUCCUAUCGUACCAAUCGUAAUAGUACAUGUUCAAAUCCCUAUGUUUGGUUAAAUUGCAUACAUUAUUACCAUAAGGAGGAGCAUUAUUAGUACAAAU